AUGGGCUCCGCAGCAGAUUGGUUCCGCCCCGGCACGCUCUGCGACACCGCAGAAGCUGCCGCACAGCUGGGGUGGCCAGGAGCCAGUAGCCAGUCGCUGCCUCUCACACGAGCCGUGUCCCAUGAUUCCUCCACCCACGUGUGGAGCCCAUCUCACAGUUUUUCUAUGUCGAUGAUGUCUGGAUACUGUGACGAGGGUGAAAAGCUGUUCGAGGAGCACUCCGACCUGCUGGAGCUCUUCGAGCGCUUCCGGUCGCUGAAGACGCGCGAGGAGCAGGCGAGCAGCAUGGAGCUGGCCGAGCACGCGACCACCGUGAUGAACUCGCUGGACGAGGCCAUCCGGGCGCUCGACGACGCCGACACCUUCUUCACCUUCGUGGAGCAGGUUGGCGCGUCGCACCGCCGCAUCCCGGGCUUCCAGCCGGAGCUCUUCUGGAAAAUCGAGAAGCCUUUCCUUGAGGCAGUGAAGACAACGCUGGGCGAUCGGUACACGGACAACGUGGACACUCUCUACCGGGCGACCAUCAAACUCAUCAUCGAGACUCUCAUCAACGGAUACAACAACGCACAGGACAACCCGCAGACGCAGCAGAAGGAGCAGUCCUCGUGA